UGACUGCUGAGGAAAAACGCGUUGAGCUCCACUUUGAGACUCGCGGGCACCCGUAGCAUCACUUCCGGAAGACGGUGGGAAAGAUGGCGGCUGAGUCAAACGAGUCCGAAACGGCAGUGAAUAUGAGUCCUACAUCCAGAGAUGAGCCUCCUAGCCCAGGAGAAAUGGAGCAGCGUGAAAGAAAAGCCAGCACUAGUUCAUCUGAGGAUGGAGACAGUGACGGUGAUGACCGCAGGAGGGUUGUUGAUGGCCAGCAUAACCCUGAAGCAGGUAGACCCAAGGGUCGCUCUGGUUCAGCUCAACCGGAGGAUUCUGGCUCCAGAGAUGGGAGUCCACGAGCGGGCAGCCCUGUGGCGAGAGCAUUGUCCAGGGCCAGCCACAAUCAGGGGUCCAGCAGCUCAGACAGUGACAGCAGUGAAGACGGCAGUGAUGACGGUUUAGUGCACAGGAUGAAGAGCAGUGUCACGCAUAUCAAGCGUGCCUCUGAGUCUGACGAUGAGAGUAAAAACAGACGAAGGAGCUCCUCACUUGACAGGGACGAAAAGAGGUCACAGUCUAGAUCCCGAUCUAGAUCUCGUUCACCUCAAGAACGUUACGGAAGGGGUCGUAGGUCCAGGGAGCGUGAGCGAGGUCGAGACCGCUACGGCGACUGGGAUCGUUAUGAGCGGCGCUCCAGUAGAGAGAGGGAUUGGGAGCACAGGAGGAGGGGAAGGUCAGCCUCCCCAGCCAAAAGUGAUAAACCUCCCACUGAGGAGCCUCCAGUGAAGAAGAGGAAGGAAGCGCUGGACCCCAUCCUGACCCGCACCGGUGGGGCCUACAUCCCACCGGCCAAAUUGCGUAUGAUGCAGGCUCAGAUCACUGACAAGAGCAGUUUGGAGUAUCAGAGGAUGAGCUGGGAAGCCCUGAAGAAGUCCAUCAAUGGUCUGAUCAACAAAGUGAACGUUUCCAACAUUGGCAACAUUAUUCAAGAACUCCUGCAGGAGAAUAUUGUGAGGGGCAGAGGUCUUCUGGCCAGAUCUACACUUCAGGCCCAGGCUGCCUCUCCCAUCUUCACCCAUGUGUACUCUUCUGUAGUGGCCAUCAUCAACUCCAAGUUUCCUCAGAUCGGAGAACUUAUCCUCAAGAGACUUAUCCUCAAUUUCCGUAAAGGUUACAGGAGGAAUGAUAAACAACAAUGUCUCACAGCAUCCAAAUUCGUGGCUCAUCUCAUCAACCAGAAUGUGGCUCAUGAAGUCCUGUGUCUAGAGAUGUUAACCCUGCUGUUGGAAAGACCCACUGAUGAUAGUGUGGAAGUGGCCAUCAGCUUUCUAAAAGAGUGUGGUCUCAAACUGACAGAGGUCUCACCCCGAGGCAUCAAUGCUAUCUUUGAACGUCUGAGGAACAUCUUGCAUGAAUCAGAGAUAGAUAAGCGUGUACAGUACAUGAUUGAGGUGAUGUUUGCCAUCAGGAAGGAUGGGUUUAAGGACCACCCCAUCAUCCCAGAAGGGCUUGACCUAGUAGAGGAAGAGGACCAGUUCACACACAUGCUUCCUCUGGAGGAUGAAUACAACACAGAGGACAUCAUAAGUGAGAUCAGCUGUGCUUAUGCAUGCCAUUUCAGAGUAUUUAAACCUUUUUCAUUUCUCCAAAUAAGGAAUUGGCAUGGGUGGAUGAAUGUUUUUAGAUUAAAAAAAUAAAAAAUUGAA